AAGCAGCAAGUCAUCCAAACGCAGUACAAGCCACAGCUUCACAUAACUCAUUCAGCGUCCCCCGCCAGCUCCUGUCGACGUGCUUGCAAACCCAUAUUCGCUGCCGCGGUCAAACUCACCGCCUGGUGGUCGGUUUCGGUUUCUUGGCCCAACAUCCAGUGCGUGUUGACUCAUUAUUCGGGGGUUGUGGUGCGGUCGUCGUACUCUUCUCUGACAACGCGAGCUCCCGUUUCACAAGCUGGAAGCUGGAAGCUCGAACAAACAAAGUGUCCUGAGCGUCCUUCUCCAGCUCCCCAGCGACUGCAUCCCAGUUCCGCCAGUCGCCAAAAUCUAGGCCCCACGAAUCCCGCUCACGGCUCAACCGCUCCCGUCCCGUCGUCUAAACUCAUCCGACGCCCAUUUACUAGCAAAAUGGUUCUCAAGCCACUUCUCCCCCUUUUGCCAAGUAUCAAACGCGGGGAACGGGCCGCGUGCCGAACGAGCAAGAAAAAAAAGGGGAUCAAAACUCCAAAUAUCAUCCCCAUGACCCCUUGACUUUUCUUACUCAUUCUGGACGAGAACAUGCCGAAUGGCUGACCUGAUUGGUUCGUUUGCAAGGGCCCUUACCGAACCAAUGGGACUGUGUGUAACCCACGCCGCGCACAUGGCGUGUCCCCUUCCACUGUCCGUCAGCUCAACCCCCAAUUCAGAUGCCGCGUCGAAAGGAGCACAUGAUUGAUUUCCCCAAACACCUUCCCCAGGAAUGGCAAUCCGUCUAUCCACUACGACGUUGCGCUAGAACACUAUCGAGAAGCAACUGAGAAAAGGGCCUUUUUCCGUGUCGCCAUCCUGGAACCGAACCGUCUUUCCAUGGACCUCCCCCCUCGUCUUUUCCCGCCCAGUGUGGGGACCCCGGAUUUUUCAGUCGGCAGUGUGAUGAAUUCAAGGUAUUUACAAACGAACCAAGUACCUUUGG